CGUUUGCAUAAUAUUACAAAGGGGUCCGGUGGCUGUGCGUCGCGCGAAGUCUACAAGGGCUAGUUUCGCACCCAAGUAAUCUGAGUCACAUACGCACUGCUACAUCAUACUCAGUGAUGACGUCGCUUGAAGAAUGUCGAGCUCCGACCGCUGUGCACCAUCUCGGCAAGCGGCGGAGAAGCCUUUCCGUCGAUUGCGCAGCAGCAUGAACUGCACAUGCAUAGGUGCUCAAAUCCUUUGGCUUGCAUGUGCAAAAGCGAGUAUGCCGGCGCAAUCGGAGUCUCACACCGAGGGGCCAACGCGCCGAAGUGUGAGGUGGGCGAGCGCGUUGGCCCCUCGGUGUGAGAUCGCCCCGCAGCGCCGAGUGCACCGCUCCUGGCGCGUUGGCCCCUUUUGCAGGCCCCUCGCCAUAUGUGCGCUCCCUUUGGUGUGGCAUCAGCAGCCCAGCCGAGCUCCACGGCCCGAGCACGAGACUCGAGGUACAAGUGCCUCUUAUUAGCCUACACAGUGUUUACUACUUCGCUACACUUAGUGUAGUUGACGCGCGUGCUUACCUAGCCGCGCUUGUUUCACUUGUGUAUUUUAGCGCCUAGACGCGCGAAUUGGCCAGUAGAGGCCGUCUCAGCUCACUUGCCACUGUCCCCAAGGCGGGCAUAUCAUAAGCGGCAGCUAAAGGCAGCUUGGAGCUUGCAAACAGCCUUUUCAGCGCGCCGAGGUGCGCACUUGUCGGGAGCUACUGGCGGGUUGCUGAUCGAUGGGUGCAGUGUUACACCUCGCUGCUAGGAUGGCCAGGAGCACAGCGCUCCUGGUGGCCCUCUUGGGCCUGGCCGCCCUCGGGGCGGCCAACGCCCAGGGCGCGUACCCUCCCCCUGCGCGUGGUCUGAACGCUUACUGCGCUAUUCAGAACCGCACCACCAACGCUUGGGCUUGCAACCUGGGCGUGAACACUCCCACUGCUUGCGAGACCACCGAUCUCUGGUCCACGGACGCCACUGAGUGCUCUCUGCCUCAGGUCCCCGGCUUCCCCGUCCCCGCGAACACCUUCCCGUACACGGACACUUGCCAGUACCAGGUUGCUCGCCUGCCCCUGGUCUACAAGGGCACUACCACCGUUGGCGGCUUCCUGGUCCUGUUCAAGGACUACGCCGACAACAUCUACUACACUCUGUCGCUGAACGCGACUGCGCGUGCCGCCAACCAGCCGGAUGGCCAGUGGCUGUACGUGGAGCCCACCCUGCCCGGUCAGACCGGCCCCAGCGGCGCCGUCUACCUGUGGGACUCUCCCCCGGACAGCUCCAAGCCUCUGUCGGUCCAGGCCUCCGUCCAGGACUACAUGAUUGAGGACCGCAACUCGUACAAGCGCUGGUCUUGCGCCACCUACAAGACUAGCCUGAACAACUACUGCGCCCCCGGCUACGUGUUCGACGCGGCCGGCAUUUGCCAGCCCAAGGCUGGUGCCACCCAGGGCCCCCUGCCCUCCAAGGAUCUGUCGGGCGCGGCUGGAUCCUCUCUCUUCCUGGCGGCCGAGUACAGCAUCGUCAAGUACUCGGUCUCCCAGAUCGGCACUGCUGAGACCGGCUUCUACUGCGGUGACCCGCGCACCAGCAUGAUCGCCGGCCAGACCCUGCAGACCCUGGCCCUUCAGGGCGGCGUCGUCAACCUGGCCGCCAUCCCUGGCUUCUUCCUGCCCCCCAGCUGCAAGACCACCUCCCGCCCUCCCUCGCCGCCUCUGCCUCCCUCGCCGCCCCCGCAGCCGCCCAGCCCGCUGCCCCCCAGCCCGGCGCCUCUGCCCCCCUCCCCUCCUCCGUCUCCCCUGCCCCCGAGCCCCAAGCCUCCUACUCCCCCCAGCCCCCUGCCGCCUGCUCCCCCGACCCAGCAGUUCACUGGCUCUGUCUUCGUCUACGCUCCUAACCGCCCUAACGGCUUCAACCAGGACGACGUGACCAAGGUGUACGCCAUGAUGCGCUAUGGUCUGGGCUGCGGCAUUGGCAACAACCCCAACGUGUGCCUGAAGUCCCAGCCCUACGUGACCAUCAACGAGACCAACAACGCCUUCUACCCCGCCUACACCAUGCUGGGUGUGAAGAUGUUCUUUGAUGGCUCCAAGGAUGGUUCUGGCCAGCCCUACCCCACCUCCGAGCAGAACAAGUGGGCUGCUGACGCCGUGACCUCCAUGUUCGCCGUGCUGGGCUCGUCUGAGCUUUGGAAGGCCCUGGCUGGCCCCGUCCAGUUCGGUGGCCUGGGUCUGGGCUGCGGUGCGUUCAUGUCGUUCGAGGCUGUCGUUGACGGCCAGUACUACAGCCAGCCCAUCGGCGGCGGCAGCCCUCCCCUGGUGGACAGCUACGACGGCAGCACGUACACCUACCAGGGUGCCCGCUACGUGUGCCCUCUGCUGCUGGGCGGCUUUGGUGGACCGCAGUGGCCCAACGCCAGCCUGCCCUACUACAUCCCCGACGGCGUUGCCGGUCUGCCCGGCUACAUCCGCCUUGGCGCCAUCCCCCAGAACACCAACUACCAGCGUCGCCGCUGCGCCACCAUCCUCACCCCGCCGGAUCUGAUGCAGCCGUCCACUUCGUGCCCUCUGUCCCCUCCUCCCUCUCCCUCUCCUCCUCCCAGCCCCCCGCAGCCGCCUUCUCCUCCCCCGGUGCCCCCGUCGCCUCCCUCUCCUCCUCCCUCUCCUCCCAGCCCCGCCAACCCCUCUCCCCCUCCUCCCGCCCCCCCUGCGGCUUUCUGCGGCCUGAACUUCAAGGUCAUCUCGCGCAUCCCCAAGAACGGUGUUGACCGCAACCCUGACUGCUCUCUGCUGGCGACCCUGGUGCAGAGUACGUUCACCCAGGGCGUGCAGCUGCGCAACCCUCCCCAGUUCCGCUGCGGCACGACCGUCAGCGCUACCGAGAUCAGCGCCGUCGCCGACACUCUGACUACGGAGGGUGCUCAGGUUUUCCUGCGCAACAUGGCCGGCAACAUUGGUGCCUUCAACCAGUUCACCUUCCCUGCCCCCGGCGGUCUGGGCCUGAUUUGCGGUGACUACUUCAACGUCACUUCGACUUGCGGCAUGAACACCACCGCGCCCGUGCCCGUGUUCCAGCCUAACGGCACCGUUGUCAACGCCACCUACCCCUUCGUCGUCGGCCCCGACGCCAUCUUCUACCCCCAGUUCGUCCUGCCGUCCUACACCUGCCCUCCUCCCCCUCCCGCCCCCUCUCCGCCGCCCAAGCCCCCGACCCCCUCGCCUCCUCCUCUGCCCCCUCAGCCCAACCCGCCCCCGGCUCCUCCCAGCCCCAACCCGUCGCCUCCUCCCCCUCCUCCGGGCUUCCGCUUCCAGAUGUCAGUCAUCAACGGUGACCAGAACGACGCCAUCAACUGCCCUCGCUACACAUCCUGGAUGAACGCCAUGAUGGACUCGUUCGAGCGGACCAACACCAUCCAGCGCGUGAACCCCAGCGCCCCCUACUGCAGCCGCCCCGCCCAGGAGACGCUGCUGAGCCCCGAGCUGGCCCAGCCCAGCCAGGUCAACUUCCUGUACCAGUACCUGUCGGUGAACAGCACGAUUGGUGUUUUCGUGCGCGAUGGCGGCGUGCCUUGCGGCUCGGCUGUGCGCCUGUACAACCCCGCUGGCGGUGGAUUCUUCACUGACUACCGGUGCUCUCGCGACGUGCCCACCAACCCGGCCGUGGCCGUCCUCGACCUGUGCUGCCCUCUGCCCCCCUCGCCUCCUCCCCCGACUCCCCCGUCGCCUCCUCCUCCCUCGCCUCCUCCCCCCGUCCUCUCGCCUCCUCCCUCGCCUCCUCCUCCCUCGCCUCCUCCCCCGGCUCCUCCCCCGCCGUCGCCUCCUCCGCCGGUGCCCCCUCCCCCGUCGCCUCCCCCCCCCUCGCCUCCUCCCCCCUCUCCUCCCCCGGCUGCCGCCUCUCCCCCGCCCUCUCCCCCUCCUCCCCCUCCUCCCUCGCCUCCUCCCCCUGUUGCCCGGCUGCCCCCCUGGCCUCCGCUGCCUGUCAACAACGUGCCUCCUGCCCCCACUGCCCGGAACACCACCUGGACUGCCCCCGCCGGCACCACUGUCCGCACCUAUGAGAUCUUCGCCCCCUUCAAGGGCACUGGUGGCAGGAACACCGGCGUGUCUGGCCGCACCGUGCAGUUCUGGCUGUGCCCCGCCCUGAAGGCCGCGCUGCAGGACCAGCUGGGCCAGCCCGUGUCGGUCAAGCCCAACGUGAACGCCUCGAUCUCCUGCACGGACUGGUAUCAGGUCAAGAAGAAGGCCAAGGGUCUGUUCUACCGUAUCACUGUGGCUGCCCAGCAGUCUGCUCACGAUGCUGUCAUGGACUUCAUCCUCUCUGGCGGCGACUUCGUGCGCCAGGCGCGCCUGGUCUGCGGCUCCCAGAUCCGCAUUGGCGAGGCCGAGCCCCCGCGCCAGAAGCUCAAGGCUGUGUUCCCCUCGCCGUUCGACCCCAAGGCUGCCGUCGACCCAUACCUGUACCUGUCGGGCAAGGCUGGUUCGCCCGGCGCUGGCGUCUGCAUCGACAAGCUGCCCGUCUAAAUCACAGAUGAUGCAGCAAUAGCUAAGCGCAGCGUUGCGCUCAAGCUUGGCUUAGUGAGCGGGUUAGGAGCUGUGACCAGCAGCCAGCUGGUGACGGCAGGUGUGUUGUGUGGGUGCACAGGCUCAGCGCUCAGGCUUCGGUCUGUAGCGUCGGAUCCAGCGUGAGCAUCGUGCAGCCCUGGAGCGAACGCAUUGGAUACUCGUGCGAUUAAUGCGGCGAGUUGAGGUGUUGAUGACGACCGGAGCGUGCUGGUGGGUUUGGGCUGUGUCUGCAGUGCUUGUUGCGACACGCCCACCUAGACUGGCCAGGCGCCACUGAUGAGGGAACCUAGGACGCUCAAUUGUGCAGCGUGCGUGCGUGUAUGACCACUCGUCAGGGAUCAGGGGUAGGACACAUUGGGCAUGCGACCCGGAUAGUCCGGCGCAGUGCGGGUAGAUGCAGGGUAAGAGUUCCGCAUGUCUCUGUCCGAUUGUUGGUCAGCAUGCUGGACUGGUUAGAAGUUGUGAACUCACGUGGUGUGGCAGCAUCGCACGAGAGCUGCCUAAAUACUAGCGGGCGUGGUGGUCUUGGCGGCUGGAUGUUCAAUUUGUUGCGCAAGUGCCAUUGAUUCAAAGCGUUUAUCAGCAGCGCCGCUGCUUGCGAGGCGUCUGCGCACCGGGGCUUAACAAAGCGAUUGCGAUCCUUCAAUUGAUUGUUCCCCAUUCCUAUCCCGGCAGUGCCAGAGGUGCCCCUUAGAAGCAAGCAUGUGGCUGUAAUCCACACGGAAU